AUGCCUAAAAGGGUUCGUCUAGGUUCGUUACCAAGAACUCCGGGCGGUAGAAAUAUUCAGCGGGAUGCCGUUAUCCAUGCGGAAGAAAUUGAAGUGGAUGAUGUAGUUACAGUUAAACGUUCCAUGUUUCGACAAUGUGUGCCUGGAAACCCGUGGUUUGAGGGAGAUGCAAAUGAUCCCGAGGAAGAGGAGGGAAGUACGAUGGUUAAAUUUGUCGUACGCAAAUCCACAGAUCUGCGAAGGAUACGAUCAAUUAAGGAUCGGGUUGCCGCUCUUGUCUCCAGUCCAAUGGUUGAUGCUAGACCAAGACGCGAAAGUCCUGAAGACGUUUCCUCUGGGGCCAAAUACGAGCGGAACACAGUCACUCCGCUCCGAGUAGCACAUAAAGAUGACCUUAUGCAUACCACCUCCCGCCGUUUGUCGCAGAUGAUUAUGGACCACUUGAAUCCUGUGGCUACACCCGAACCAAUCCUCAGAAAAUCUCACCUCACCCGCGUUCAUCAGCUGCAGGAUCCUUCUAGUCUUACAGCAACUCCCGCUUCCAUGCCAUUCUCUAAUGCAGACAACAAAGAAAAUGCACAACCAAUUUCCGGAGGGUUGUCUCCCAUACAGGACGUGACUGCUAUGAAACUCGACCAGGCUCCUUUAACUUCAGAUCACGGAUCGCAAAAUCCUGAAAGUUUUAAUACAGUUAGUGCUUUUCGGGUGCUUUGUGAUCUGGAGGUGGUGCGUCUAAAGGUGCUAUGUGAAGACUGGAACGCGGUGCUGGGCGAGGAAGGUAGUUCACUUCCAAAACUUGCGGCUGACUCAAUUCGUGCAACAGUUGGGAAAUGCCAGUUGAUUCUGAAAAACAAAUUACCCUUUUUCCAAAGCUUGGUCGAGAUGGCGGAGCGUAGUUCUGAUGCAACAAGUCAAGGUGUCCCGAGAACCGACGUAAAUGACCUGGCCGGGUACUGGACCUUGGUGGCUGAUGAGAUCGCGCUAGUAGACGCGGCUUUUGACCGUCUGCGUAAAUGGCGCGAUCGAUGGAAUUGGGAUGCUUCACAAUGUCCCACCACACCACCACGUUCUGUGGUAGUUGCCGUACAACGUAGCAAAAGGACGACUUCAUCUACUCCGAAGCGAUUAGCUACUCCUCAACAGACAAAAAAAUCAACAAGGAACAUGCCGGGACGGAAGAUUACGGUGGAUAAGCUCUCUUCAGAGAUCAAGGAAGCAAUCGUCGAAUAUGUCCAGAAGCCCGCUCAGAAGCGUAAACCCCAGGCGAACUCCAAGUUCAGUGAUUUUUUGAAGGCCAGGAAAGCGGCUAUGUCAUCCAACCAUUCAAGUGCUGGUGGGUCUGUCACCAUCUUUGCUCCGCCAACAGAAGCGAGCGGCCUCAAAAUGUCGGAAGUGUCUCCGCUUGACCAAGGCAAUAUAUCUCUAACCCCCGCACACAAAGGAUGCCCCACUCCAGCUACCCCGAGACAAAACCAAAGAGAGACUUCAAGUGCGCUUUCUGCAUCUCCGGGUGGGACAGUGGCUGAAGCUACUCGCUCACGAACUCGCUCAGGCCAGGACAAAAGACGAAUAUCUUUUGCGCCAAAGUUGGCACACACGCCGGGUGGCCAUAUGUUUGGGUCUGGGAGCCCAAAAGAGGCGUAUCCGAUUACCCCUGCAAAUGUAUCUGGAUCGAUAGUUGCUGUCGCUCGAGUUCGUCGUCGCCACAACAAUCUCGUGGAAACUCUUAGCCCGUUGGGACUUCGACCGGUUUCCCGAUCAACGAAAUCCACCCCACGUUCCAAAUAAACUGCACUUCCGUUCUUGUCUUGUAGAAUGUUCACUUGUGCUCCGUCAAUGUUUACGUUUACUGUGUGUCUGUUUUCCGCGGCUGGUUCCAGAUUGCUGGAAUUACUUCCAUUUUGAUUACGCUAUACGUUUUUGCAACCUAUGACUACCACCGAUUAACUUUACCUCAGAUUUCGCACUGUUUUUGUCGCUCAUAAACAUCUCCCUCUAUUUGUCAAGUGUUUCGAGUUUCUCGCUUCUGUAAUCAUCAUCAUCAUCAUUGUCAGCUAUAAUGACCGCGUG